AUGGCACGUUCAAGGCACCAAAGUCGGCGCCAGCGACAAGGAAAAUUCCAUUUACAGGUGAAAAAAGUCCCGGAAUACCAAGCUUUGACAGCCAUGAAUUUUCCGCGCCGCGAAUCUUGUGAAGUGCGACCGCAUCCAAGUGCCUCUAUGGAGUGGAAUCAGAAUGAUACAGCGACCAACAAACAAGGCCAGCCCGAGAUUAGCACUGUUUCUCUCACAGUAAGCCGGCAUUUGGGCGGAGGCACUUCAGCCAGAUCUUCUUGGCUAUCUCAGCCUGUGAAUAAGCGAUUAGUAAAACAAUUGAUUGAAAGUUACCGGGGGAAGAUCGAUACCAUCUUCAUCCUACACGGUCUAUACUCACUUCUCGGAGUUCCAAUGACAAGCAUCCCUUUCCGCGCACAGAAUCUUAUUCUCCAAGCCAUACAGCGACAUCUCGAAUUCGAUGCAUUUCAAUUCGUUCACAAAUGGCUCUUGGAGGAGUCUCUCAUGGUUGGGUGGACAUGCCCGGAGGAACUGGAGCUAAACAGGCUUUUCAGAUUCUUGGUGGAACAUCGGGACAAGAUACGGUGUAGCUCUUGUCGUCAAGCAGCUACAACCAUACAAAAGUGGCAAAGAUUGGUUUCCGGCAUCCGCCACGCUGCUGUCCACCGUCUUUCACAGGAUCGUGAAUCUCUCCUGCGCAUGACCCGCGUCGCCAUUGAAUUCUCUCUCUGUAUCGGUGGACUUUCGAGCGUGGAGAAGCUUCGCCGUCUACUGAAGUUCCUGGAAGAUAGACUCCCAAAGUCAGAGCGCCCUCGAGCGCAGUCAAGACGAAAUGUCAAACACCAAGCUUCUUUGCCAAAACUGCACCUCGAAAGUCUGAAAGACCGAUUCAUGUUGCUACCGAAACACACCCAGAAAGUUCUCCAUCGGAUUGAAGCAAUGUACAAUUUGGAAGUGGAAUGGUUCUUGCAAGUUGAAUUCAGAUGA